CCCUGUCACGCUGGGGCUGACUGACUCGCAGAUAAAGAGACUGAAGGUCCGCAUGGAGGCGCGGCGAGGAGAAAUCCACUGAAAACAGAUAACAACAGAAAGCGUAUCCACUGAUAAAAUGACAGGACAAGCAAGUGCAUGAAACACGGCGGCUGUGGGAUAUAGUUCAACCCGCUGCUCAUAAGAAGAAGCAGCAGAAGACGAAGGUGAAAGGAGAGAGGCGCGGUGUGGACAGUGCGCUUAAUCAGUCAUGUCUGUACUGUAGCAGCGUUUAUAGCACGGCUUUUAUUAAUAUGCAUUUAAAUACCCGCCUCGGCUGGCUUUGAUUUGUUUUCGUUUGUUAAUUUUAUCCGGAAUAGUUUUGUUUUUAUUUACCCCCUUUCAUUUUUAAUUUCAUAAUGGGAUUUUUUGGAGGCGGCGGUUGGGGCGCUUUUAGUUGCAGAUCCUGUGAAGGAUGAGUGGAAGAAGACAAAAAUAAAAAUUUGCAUUGAGAAUAUCCUGACAGUAACACGGCUGCUUCUGCAGUGAGUCAACAACAUGGAGACAGGCAGUGGGGCUGCAGCGGCGGCACUGGGAUCGUUGGGAGCUACUGGGAGCCACGACAAUCCUGACAGAGGGUUGAGGGCUUGCUCCCAUCCGGAAGAAGAUGACAUCGUUCCAGAGCUGGUGAGAAGCAUCCACCCCCGAGAGAGGCCAGACUGGGAAGAGACUCUCAGCGCAAUGGCGAGGGGUGCUGAGAUCCGAGAACUCCUCGGGGAACCCCCACUGCGAUCCUGCGGCAGUACAGCCAGCAUGAAAGUGAAGAACAUCAAAAAGCUAACCUUUACCAAGGGUCACUUCCCCAAGCUGGCAGAGUGUGCUCAUUUCCACUAUGAAAACGUGGACUUCGGAACCAUCCAGGUGCGUGACGUCCCGUCCCGGGUAAUACACACCCUGGGGGGGGGGGGGAGCCGGGGAGCCGGGGAGCCGGGGAGAGCGUGCUGGGUUACAUUCUGUCUGUGA